AUGAGCAAAAUACUAGAUAGUUUACUACAACUCACGCCCAAUGAUUCUCAAUCUAUUCAAAAUGAUCUUCAAAAACUAAUAAAUUCCCCAGAACUCAAAUCAAUUCUUCAAAAUUAUCCAAAUAAUUCAUCAUUAAUAGAAGUUUUAAACUCAUUCGUAACCAAAUUGGUUGAACUAAUAAAAUCCAACGAUGGGGAAGAAGCAUUUAUUAACCUCCAAUCAAUUGCAAUAUCAUUUUUGAAUCAUUUCAUACAAUCAAAUUUUACAGGUCCACCAUUAUCUUUAGAAAGUGGUUCAUUAUUUUUCUCGAAUGUAGAUCAAAAUAAAAUUCAAAAAGAUGCAACAAGAGCAUUAGAUCUUGAAGGCCAACAAGCUUAUGAAUUAAUGCAAGAUCCGCUAUAUUUAAUUGUUUCUGAAUUAAUAUUUGAAAAAUUAUUAGAUACUCCAAAAGAAUUAUCAAUUUUUAGUCAAUUCAAUACUGAAUCAGUUUUAAAACAUGUGGGUACUAUAACACAACAAGUAGAUUCACCUAUAAAAGCAUCUGUAUGUUGGUGGUUUUCAAGAGCAUUACAAGUGCAUUCUUCUGUAUUAUCUGAACCUCCUAGUAUUAUACUGGCAAUGUGUGGAAUUUUGCUAAAUGAUAGAUUAUUAAUUAAUUUAAUACCAUCAGAAGAUCACAACAUCAAAAAAUUAUUAGAAAUUCAAUUUUGUUUAGAACAAGCUAGAGUUCAUAUUCAUGCUAAAACUGAACAUUUAUCAGUAGCACCACUUAUAAAAGCUUAUAGAUUAUCUGGAUUACAAUUAUUAUUAUCUGGUGCAAAAGCCAAAAGAACAAAAUUUCAAAAAUUUUUCGCAUCAAAUUUAAUCGUUUUAGGUAAAAGCUCAAGUGCAACAUUAUAUGAUGAAAAUAUAAAUAACAAUCCAGAAAAAUUUGAAUUGGAUUCUGAUUUACUUUUAGAAAAACCUGAAUUUGAUUCUUUGGAAAAUUUAGAUAUGGAAUUAGAGAAUGCAAGUAAAAAGAUUAAAUUAGAUCCAACAAUUUUAGCUGAUGACCUUGAAAGUGAUAGAUUAUUACCAUUAGCUAUGAGAGUAGAAGAUAUACCCACAGACUUGAAAGAAUUAGAUCCAAAUAAUCAACCACCUUUAAACAAUAUUGAUAUUAUACAAGUUUUGCUAAGAUUAUCAGUUAUAAAACAAACAUCACCUUCAAAUGAUCCAUUAGUUGAAGAAGAACUUUUAGCCUUAGUUGCAAGAAUACUAUAUUCAAACCCCGAGGGAGUGAAUUGGUUACUUUUUUCAAGAGCAUUAUGGGAAAGAUCUAUAUUAGAAACUAGUAAAUCAAGAACUAUAGAAAGAGGGCUCUUACAAAUGACUGCAUUAGUUGAAGAAAUGGGUUUAAAAAUUAAAACAAGAUUAUUGCCACAAGAACAAAUUGAAAAUUUGGAUAGUGUUGCUUCUGAAAGAUUAAAAUUUAUACAUCAAUUACCUUUAUUGCCUCAAUGGGUAAUGGAUACAAAAUUGGCUGAAACUUAUAUGUCUUUGGGACUUAUCAAAUCGGCAAUUGAAAUAUAUGAAAGAUUGGAAUUACAUACCGAAGCUGCUUUAUGUUAUGCAGCUGUUGGAAAAGAAGAAGAAGCUAAAAGCAUUUUAGUUAAAAGAAUCAAAUCAAAUCCAAACGAUGCAAGAAGUAUAUCGAUACUUGGAGAUAUCACUCAAAAUCCGGAAUUAUGGGAAAAAUCAUGGCAAAUUUCUAAAUAUUAUAAAGCCAAAGCUUCACUCAGUAAAUACUAUUACGCUCAAAAGAAUUUAGAAGCUGCUAUAUCAAAUAUGUUUGAUUGUUUAACAGUAAAUCCAUUAAAUUUUGAAAAUUGGUAUUUUUAUGGUUGUUGUGGAUUAGAAGCUGGACAAUUUGAAUUAGCUUCUGAAGCUUUUACAAGAUGUGUUUCUUUAGAUGAUACGAAUUCUUAUUCUUGGUCGAAUUUAGCAAGUGCAUUAUUAAAAUUAGAUAAAAAGAAACCUGCUUUUAAUGCUUUGAAAAAAGCAAUUAGAUGUGGAGGAGAUAAGAAAUCAUGGAGAAUAUUUGAAAAUUAUAUGAAUGUUGCUGCUCAAUUAAAUGAAUGGAAUGAUGUUUUAUUUGCAUAUAAUGAAUUAUUAGAUAUUAAAAAAAAUGAUGGUGAUACAGCAAUUGAUAUUCCAAUACUUGAAAAAUUAACAGAAAUUUUAAUAUCAAGUGAUUAUAGUGAUAAAUUAAAUCAUUUUCAAAGAAGUUGUAUUGAUUUGGUAUGUAAUAAAAUUCCAAGUAUAAUAACAUCAUCAGCACGUUGUUGGAAAAUAGUAGCUAAAGUUGAAUUAUGGAGGAAAAAACCAUGGGCUGCUUUAGAAUGUCAUGAAAAAGCUUAUAGAGUUGUUUUACAUAAUCCUGAAUUGGAAUCAAAUGAAGAAGUUUGGAAUGAAGUAGUUGAAGCUUGUGACGAUUUAGUUAGUGCUUUUGAAUCAUUAGGAGAAUUACCUGGAAAACAUGGAGCUGGAGAUUUAGUUUGUAAAGAUUGGAAAUAUAAAGCAAGAACUACAAUAAGAUCAUUAAUGUCAAAGGGAAAAGAUACAUGGGAAGAUUCACCAGGAUGGGAGAAAUUAUUGCAAUUAAAAGAGGAACUUAGUAAUCACUAA